AUGAAGAAGGCACAGGAUCGACAGAAGAAGUACGCAGAUCAAAGAAGGCGAGAAGUAGUAUUUGCAGUUGGAGAUAUGGUCUAUCUCAAGGUAUCAGCUCAGAAAGGAAAGGAUCAUUUCGGCAAAGUCGGGAAGUUAGCAGUUCGUUUCAUUGGUCCAUACCGGAUCAUUGGAAGAGUAGGAGAAGUAGCUUACAGGCUAGAGCUGCCAGAAGACAUGAAUUUACACCCUAGAAUCCCAGAGCUGAGGACAAAUCUCACAUAUCCAGAAGGGCCGAUAAGCAUCGGGGAACGACGUUUGAAGAAGCUGAAGAAUAGGGAGAUUCCUCAAAUCCAAGUCUUUUGGGGAAGACAAAACCGCUUGGUGAUAACAUGGGAAGAUGAAGACGGAUAUCGUCAGAACUAUCCAGAGUUCUUCGAAGAUGAAGCGGCGACGUCAUCAGCACCUUAG